AUGGCCGUGUCUCGGACGGUCUCCGAGGCCCGCGUCAACAAGAACACCAACUGGCUGAACGCCGAGGGCGCCUGGCUGUGGUACCUGGGCCUGAUCGCCCUCACCUGGCUGGCCCUCUCCUCCUUCAUGGACGCGGGGCUGGCCUGGACGUACGUCCACCUCUUCCACGGCGCCGUCACCUUCUACCUGAUGCACUGGACCAAGGGCUCGCCCAUCGCGGAGGAUCAAGGCGUGUGGGACUCGCACACGUUCUGGGAGCAGCUGGACGACGAGGAGCAGGGCACGCGCAACCGCAAGUUUUUCGCCGUGGUGCCCCUGGUGCUGUUCCUGCUGGCCACGCACGGCUCGGACUUCCGGCAGCAGCCCUUGCUGCUGAACCUGGUGGUAGUGGUGGUGCUGCUGGUGGCCAAGACGCCGGCGAUGCACGGUGUGCGGCUGUUCGGCAUAAACAAGUACUGA